CGGGCUGCUGCGGGGCAGCUGCGCGUGCGCGCAGCAGAGCGGGACGGGCAUGGCGGCGGGAUGACCGAGGUGCCGGGCCUGCAGGCGGACUGCGAGGAGCUGCUCGGCGCGUUCCGGGAGGCCGACACCGUCCGCUUCGAGCGCUUCGCCGAGCUGUGGCGGGAGCGCCGCUUCCACACCGUCUUCUAUGGUAGAAUAAGAGCUUUGGAGAGGAAUAAGCUCACAAAGAAGACUUUAGAAGUGGCACAGCAGUACUUCUUGCCCCCGUACACUUUCCAGAUUCGAGUUGGUGCUCUGUACCUUUUGUACGGGCUCUAUAAUACACAGCUUUGCCAGCCAAAACAAAAGAUCAGAGUUGCACUCAAGGAUUGGCCUGAAAUUCAUAAAUUUCAACAGGAUCUGAUAGACUCUCAGCAUUAUGACGCAGCGUACAUCUUUAGGACACUGCGGCUUGCCAGAGCAUUCCAUUUCACAGCAAUGCCAAAGCUUUUGAACUACAGAACUAAGAAGAAGUUUCAGGAAAGUGAAUGCAAAGAAGAAUUUAAGGACCCCAGUAACAGAGUAAACAGCCUCAUCACCAACGAUGUUUUGGAGGAACUAAUGAAUAUUCAUGACCACUAUCAGAAAAUGAAGUGUGUCAUUUCAGCUGACAAAUCCCAGCCAGACAAGGCGCUGAGCUUGAUAAAAGAUGAUUUUGUAGUUACUCUCAAAGACAUAACUUUGGAACAUCAGGAAUGGCAGCAGAAGAGAAUGAAAUUGUUCAUAAAUGCUAAAGAAACUGAUGAAAUAACAAACAAAAAGGAAGAAAGGACUUUCUUAGAAUCAGAGGGUUCUGAAAGAGCCAAUGCACUGGCUAGAAUCAAAUACAGGUCUUACUCUGCAGUUGUUGAGGCUUCCAAAUCCAGAAGGCAUCGUCAAGUAAAGUUAGAAUCAUCUGAAUCAGGAUCCUGUUAUGGGAAAUCUCCAAGUAAAAAAAACAGUAGGAGACCACAGCCAGCAAGGAGAAGAGGUUCGUUGGAAAGGAAAGAUGAAGUGCAAGUGGCAAGGGAAACUGUUACUCGGCACAUCGGUAUGCCUGUAAUCAUGGAAGAAGAUAAUUCCGAUGAAGAAGGAGUAUCUCUCCCCAAGAGGAAAAGAAGAUGUUAGUGGCUCCAGUUGGAGAAAUACUAAUGUGAAUUUUAAGGACAAAAUGUACGUGACAGAUGUGACACAAAGUGCUUGUUCUGGAUGCCUUUGAACGUACAACAAGAAGUGGCCGGGAGCAGAACUACAGGUGACACUGGGAUACUGGUAGUGACUGGUUACCUGACCUGUCGCAUGGUGCAGCACCUGCUGCCUUUAUUCAGCUGGCGGAUGCUUCCUGUGGGACACACAGUUGCUGUGCCCUGUCUGAGAUGGAAAGAAGAUGGUUGCUUGUUGUGUUUAGUUUGCACAGCGUGAGUUAUCACUUGCAACUCAUGCUGGUCAGCAACAAUGCUUUUAACUGAGACUCUUAAGAGAACAGCUCACAAAAUAUUUGCCUGUAUGAGACACAUUUGGAAUAUUUUACCUCUGAACGUAAAGUAAGGGUUACUAACUGUUUAAAAUUAGUACAAUAAAUUAUUUUUCACAGUUUACGUACUCCA